AUGAGUCCAUUUUUUGCAACCUCUUUGGGGGCGUCGCCGGCGAUCUCCUCCGUGAUUUCUUAUAUGGGACACCAUGUUCCGCUGGCUCUUGUAGCGGUUAGUCCCUCUGCCCGCUUUGAGGCGGAGCUUGUCGGCUACGCCAUUGGCAAUGUUUAUGUUUCGUGUCGUUGCGUCGAUGAGGGUAACAGCCAGGACCAGGAGCCGGGAGAUGUAGUGCUUACGAUGAGUGCACCUCAAAGCCUUGAAGUGCUGGUGCUCAAUCUUUGGUGGUUUGCGCGCUAUCAAGCGGUUACACUUUUGUUGGACCACAUCGGUAGGGAGCACUUUCCACUAUUUCAAGACCUAAAAAAACGUUUGAAGCUGCGGGAGUUGAAGUUGCUUCACUCCGUCGUUGGGUGUGACAUGAUGCAUGUGAUGUCUACAUGCCGUGAGUUGAGGGCACUCACGGUGCAAAACUGUUUUAGUGAGUCAGAAGUGAUUCUUCGUGGAGUGACAUCGAUCCUCAGUAACCGCAUUACAGAGAAGCGUGAAUUCUCGACAUUUUACAUCUCUGGUGUCACAAAUCUCGGGGUCUUGUCAAAUCUGCGUAACCUCACCUUGUGCAAUACUCCACUGAGUGAAGUGAUGAUGCUGUAUUUGUCGGAGUGUGUAAGUCUAGAGCGUGUGGUGGUGAAUUCAUGCCGAGGAUUGAGGUCACUGGAAUGUUUGUCCUCGCUUCAGCGGUUAACCGAACUAUCUUUGCUGAAUAUGGGCAUAACGGAAGAAGGUCUCGCUUUCAUUAGUAGAUGCAAUUCCUUACGACACAUACAGUUGGAUAAUUGCAUGAAACUUCAGGGUAUUAAUUGUUUGGGAUCGUUAAUUGGCUUGCGAACACUCAGCGUUUCACGGAACAGGGUUUCAGACGAUGGAAUUCGAAGUUUAAGUAAUUUGAGAAAUUUAGAACAACUCCGACUUGUUUCUUUCAACCGCCUAUCGAGUGUGGAGCCCGUUUUGUGCCUGGACAAACUUCUAGAGUUAGACCUCACAGAGAAUUGGGUCACAGAUGAGGGCUGUGCGGCACUGGCAAACUGUGGCCAGAUUCAAAAACUCAAGCUUGCUUCGUGUCGCUGUGUGUCGGAUGUGCGGUGGAUUUGCGCCUUGACAUCUCUUCGAUUUUUGGAUUUGUCAAAAACGCACGUGCGAAGCGCUGACCUCCAAUUACUGACGAUGUGCCAACGGCUGGAAGAACUUCAUGUUGCUUCUUGUAGCGGUGUGAAGGAUGCGUCCUUCGUUGAAGGUUUGUUGUCUCUUGGACACCUGGAUCUUACUGAUACAAGCAUAAAAGAUGCCGGAACCCGGUCUCUUAGAAAAUGCACUGCGCUUACUUUUCUCUCAUUGCAGGAUUGUCGUUUUUUGACAGAUAUACAGUUUGUGGAGCCACUGAGGAACCUGCUCAACCUGAAUUUGGAAGGCACAGAAGUGGUGGACGCCAACAUUAUUCCGUUGAUGCACUGCACAAAGCUGGAGGUUCUUUCACUUCGACACUGUCUUUUUUUAACGGAUGUCCGCUGCUUGCGGGAACUGAAGGCACUCAAGUCAUUGGAUCUUUCCGGGACCUAUGUCACUGAUGAGGGGGUAUCUGACGUAUCACAAUGCAUUUCACUGGAACGGAUUGAUCUUAGUGAGUGUUGUCUCAUUACCCACUUUGAGUUUCUUCGCCCUCUAACUGCGUUGAGGCAUGUUAUUGCAGAUCGUAUGAAUGUGUUGGAUGUGACUGGCUUAGGAGGAAGCGGAUCCGUGGAGGGAGUGUCAAUUGCCGAUUGCAAACGGCUGGGGUCCAUGGGGCUGCUGGAGGCCCCACGACUGCUGGAUCUUUCUCUGAAAAAGAGCGCCAUUACAGACAGUGGCAUACACAGUGUUCUGCUGCGGUGCCAUUCUCUGCGACGUCUUAAUUUACAAAAUUGCACAUCCAUUACGGAACUUAGUGCUGUUGCACAACUCCCUUCACUUACGGAGCUUUUGGUGCGGAAUAUGAAAAUAACGAAUAAAUCUGUUGCAUUUGUAGCACGUUGUGCGACCUUAGAGAAACUGCAGAUGGUGGAAUGUGUUGAAAUCACAGAUGUGAACAGUCUGAAAUAUUUGCACCGGCUGGUGGAACUGGAUCUCUCAAGGACAAGUGUCACCUCUGGGGGAAUUGUGGGCCUUGCACGCUGUUAUAACUUAAAGAAAUUGAACCUUAGCGGCUGUCGUUACCUGACGGAGGUAAAUUGUUUGGGAGAACUGCGUCUGCUGAGGGAACUUCACUUGGGACGAACUACAGUAUCGGAUAGCGGUAUAGUGGGACUCUGUCGCUGUAUGCAGCUUGAAACCCUCAUACUCACAAACUGUAGUCAAAUUAGGGACGUGGAAAAGCUCCAGAAUUGUCUGCCUUGCCUCGUAAAAUUUGAUGUGUACGGCACGUCCGUCGAGGAUUCUCGUCGAUACCUUGGUGUGGGCCAACGUGUCCAACAUGCGUGUGUUGUUCUCUGA